AUGACCCGCGCCGUGCUCGCCCCCAAGGCGGCCGGUGCCAAGCCCCGCGCCUCCGCCUUCGUGGGCCGACCCGCCGCCCUCAAGGCCCGCGUCGCCGCUCCCAAGGCUCGCGCCGCGUCCCUCACCGUCCGCGCCGCGUCCCAGACCGAGGACCUCAACAAGAAGCUCCAGGAGGUCACCGCCACCGUGUCCGAAAAGUGGGACGACACCGAGGAGAAGCCCGCGGUGGUGACCCUCGGCAUCUUCGGCCUCGUGGGCCUCGUCGCCGCGAACGGCGUGCUCAAGUCCAUCGACGGCCUCCCGCUCAUCCCCGACCUCCUCGAGCUCGUCGGCAUCGGCUUCUCCGGCUUUUACAUCUACCAGAACCUGCUGUUCAAGCCCGACCGCGCGGCGCUCAAGGAGUCCAUCUCCAAGUCCAUCGACAAGAUCCUCUAA